CUCGUUUUCUUUCCUUUCUCCACUCGACUUUCUCUCUCCUCGUGAGAAUGCUUCCACCUUCUUCUCGUGCGAUCGACGGUGGAGCUUCCACCGUUUUCAGCGACCCAACACCAGCACGAGGGAGAUCUCUCAGCGUUAGGCUUCCUGCUGCUUCACCCACCGGCCAUCUGACGCUCUCAGCCACCGCCGCUUCCUUUGCUGCUCCCGUUUCUCAGCACUGUCACCGUGAGAACGACGACCUCCCAGCUUCAAUGGGGUCCUCUCAGUCUCCCUCUCGCUGCGACAAUGAGGAACCGACAGGAGGAAUCAAUGUCUUGUUCCUCCGUUCCCCAUGUCGCCCCUCUGCCACCAGCUCGGGCAACUGCCCUAUUCGUCGAUAAGGCAUGAGAUCUUUCCUUUCAUCCCUUUUUUUUUUUUCUCUUGUUUACCGAUUUUCGGUUUACCCUAGGUCGAGCAAAGCAGACCUGGUCCUCUGUCGACAAUGUUCUGGGCUGUUUCCCUCUUUUUUUUUUGUAUCAUAGCAGGUUCGAAAAGGCCACCGAGUCUUCCCCUCUUCAAAUCUGUGUUGCACGUUCUGUAGCCAGACCCUCCGUGAGGUUCUGGUAUAAAAAUUUCUUUCUGCGGUUUGUUUGAAGCCUCUAACAAAGCCCUAACUUAGACAUACAUGCUCUGUUUUAGGGAUGAUUCUAGUUUCGGUGUCUCACAAAUGGAAUAAUGAAUAAAAGAACAAAGAGAAACAAGUUAAUCCAACAUGCGACGCCUCACACGUCUAUUUCUUUCUAGGCGUAUAGAUACAUAUAUUCACAUACAUAGAUUCACAUAUAUUCGUAUCUAUAAGAACUCAAAAUACAGAGGCUUCAUGAUACAUGCAUAACUGAAUAUUCCAUACCUUUGAAAAUCUGAGAUGAAUUUCCAGCAGCAAACUCUAUGCUUUCGGUUUUUUUCCAGCAGCCACCAACUUCGAUCUUUUCUAAGAAGAGAGCAGAAUUGAAAAACCCUUCUCUCUCUUUCUCUCUCAAUCUCUCUAUUGCUGGACGUGCUCCUCUAUUGCUGCAGUAAAAGAAUGUUUCCCCUUUGCAGUUACAAUUUUAUCUUUAUCUUUUCCACAAACAUCUCAUUUAUGAUAAAUUUGACGGUUUGAAAUAUUCAUUAGAAAUCAUUUGUGAUUCUCUUCUGUUGAGUUACAAACAUUUACGUUCCAAAUGUUUAAGGACACUUAAGAAAAAAUUGUGGGUCUUACAAUUCUCUUCUGUUGAGGUUCAGAUCCAUAAAUCCGUUUUUAUCCUAUUCAAAGUGCGUUUGAGCCUUAUUUGUAAUCAGCUUUUGAGUUAAUGAAAAAAACCCUAAUCCUGGUUUGUGUUUUCAUAUCCAUUUUUCAUAUCCCUUUUACCUUUUCUUUUGCAUCUCUUUCCAUCUACCCUACAUAUGAGAGGAGAAAUUCUCCUUUCCACUGCUCUAAGGUAGAAGGGAAGAAAUAAAGCGGAUGAGGCUUGUUUUUCAGAAAUUGAAUGAAUGGAAGUUGAUGACAUAGUUUUCAGUUAAACUUCUUUUUCACAAUUCAAUGUGUAAGAGCGGUCUUGUGUCCACAUUUAAUGAAAUAAAAAAGGACAAAUGGCAACAUAACAGCUGCUGUUAAUCCGAAGAAAAGUAGAAGAUACAUAAAAGAAAUGAUUUGGCAUUGAUGAAAUCUUUUCUAGUGCGUGGAAGGUGAAUAUAUAUAUAUAUAUAUAUAUAUAUAUAUAGUGUAUAUGAUAAUGACAUGUGGUGCUAUUGAGUGGAAUUGGAAUUGAGUCCAAACUCAAACUUGCCCGUUUCUGGACCUUUCGCACCUUCUUUUCCUACAAAUCUUUUCCUACAGUGGAAGGAAAAGAAAAUCAAAAUAGUUUCCUUGCGGCAGAAGAUGGGAAUGGCGAACGUGUCGUUACUAUUAGUUUCAGUUGUUGCCUUAGCCUCCAAGGAAAGGGAUUCCUCUGGAAGAAGCUGAACCGCGACAUCUAUUUUUUUAUUCUUCUUUCACACGCGAUCUAUCCAAACUUUCUCAUAUCAGCAACACUCCAAACUCUUUGAUUUAAAUCAGGAUAACAGUUUAAAUUAUUUUUUUAAUUAAGAAAAUGAACAAAUAGGCAAAUAAUACGAAGGAAUGCAUUGUACCGGUGAGCACGACAUAACGUGGAUACUAAUACUAACGAUGACAGUGUUUUGGGGUUAUAGUGCAUUGGAUGACAAAGUGAUCCACGUUAAAAAAGUAAGGUUCAUGAUGAUUGGCAUGGGAGGGACGCGGCCUCUCUUCCCAUACCAACAAUCACUCACCAAAAAAAAAAAGGGAGGGGAUUGCAGUUGAACUUUCAGCAACCUAACAUUCCUUUUGAAAGUUGGGGAUGGUGGAGACGAACGACUCACCAAAAAAAAAAAAAAAAAAAGCUUCCUAUAAAAAAGAUUGCAGUUGAACUUUCAUUCCAACCUGACAUUCCAUUUGAAAGUUCCUAACAUUCCUUUUCUUACCGGUGGUUUGCUAAACGAGCAAGCCAUGACAUGAUCAUGCCGUACUCUAGUCUUGUUUAGAUCAACCAAAUGAGUCGAGCUUCACUCCAACAUGCUCCGCUUGUAUAGACUGACUGAUCUAUCUGUAUAAAUCGAGUAAGGUUCAUUUCAGUAUGGUUCUUCGUAUUUUAGUUUUCUUUUCAAACCUCCUUUGAUGGCCAAGUUCAGCUUUAACGUUUGGAAACCGGGUCAAGGGCAGCUCAAGCUGGUGAAUUGGAACCUUCUAAACACUUCAAUGGAUAGGUUCAACUCUAAAAGCGAUCUCUCUUAAUACCCAACACUGUUGGGUCCUUUUCCUUUAAAUCCCUCUCGCUUUACUGAAACUGUGCAUCAACGAAAGAUGGGUCGGAGAAGCAUCAAGAACUCUGGCGUCGUUCUUUUUCCGAUUCCCGCUGAUGGGCACCUCGUCCCCAUGAUCGAGGUUGCCAAGCGACUCCGGCAGCAUAGCCCCACCCUCUCCAUAACCGUCCUCUUGAUGCAGACCCCCUUCCCCUCCGUCUUGUCCGCCACGCAGUCCACCGCCUCUCACGUCCAGGCCGCCGAGUCCUCCGGCCUCGGCAUCGACUUCCUCCACCUUCCUCCGGUGGAGGCUCCUGAAGGAUUGGAGGGGCUCGCCUGCAUGCUCCAAUACGUGGAGAACCUGAAGCCCGUCGUCUCCGAUGCGCUUGCUUCGCUCUCCUCCACCACCACCAUCUCCGCCUUCGUCCUCGACAUGUUCUGCGUCGCCAUGACCGAUGUUGCGGCUGAGCUCCGCAUCUCCGCUACCUACGUCUUCUACAUAACCAAUGCGGCCGGCGUCUGUUACAGGCUCUACUUUCCCACCCUCGACCGCAUCCACCAGCAAGACUUCAAAGACUUGAGCGAGGAGAUCGAGAUCCCCGGUUGGCCGCCGUUGUCGCCGCAGGCACUGCCACAAGCUAUUCUAAGCAAGAAGAGCCCUGCGUAUCCCGGGCUCUUGGACGGCGCGCGACGCUUCCAGCAACUCAAGGGCAUCUUGGUGAACACCUUCUCGGAGUUGGAGCCGGUUGCCAUGAAGGCCUUGGCCGACGGCCGGUGCGUGCCGGACGGUCCCACCCCAUCGAUCCACCCGGUCGGUCCCUUGCUCUGCCUGCAGCAACCUGGAUCUGAGUCGCCGGACCAUGAGUGCAUCAAGUGGCUCGACCAGCAGCCCUGCGGCUCGGUCGUCUUCUUAUGCUUCGGCAGCUUGGGCGCCUUCUCUGGAGAACAGAUACGGGAGAUUGCACGUGGGCUCGAGCUCUGCGGCCACCGGUUCUUGUGGUCUGUGAGGGUCCAGUCUCGUCAAGGGCAACUGAGCCUAGACGAGGUUCUGCCGACUGGGUUCGUGGAACGGACGAGGGAGCGCGGUCUGGUUUGGUCGACGUGGGUGCCGCAGAUCGCCGUCCUCUCCCACUCGGCCAUCGGUGGCUUUGUGACACACUGUGGGUGGAACUCGACCCUGGAGAGCGUCUGGUUCGGGGUGCCUCUGAUCGCAUGGCCACUCUAUGCGGAGCAGAAAAUGAACGCAGUCUUGUUGGUGAAGGAACUUGAGAUUGCUAUUGGAUUGAAGGGCGCAGGGCAGUCUGAUUUGUUGGUGAAGGGAGAGGAGUUGCCGAAGGCGGUUAAGAGCUUGAUGGAAGGUGAGGAGGGAAUGAAGAUAAAGGAGAAGAUGAAGAGACUGAAAGAACUAGGGAGAAUGGCGGUGCAGGAAGGUGGUUCGUCUUAUUCAACAAUGGCAGCAUUGGUGGCAGAAUGGGCCAAGAUUGAUGAAUAGCUGAUCGGAUGUGUUCUUUGAUUCUUUAUAAGUGCUUGUUUUUGCUUGAUCUUAGGAGUUGAAUAGACAAAUUAUCUACUCUAUGAUUGCAUAAAAGGUUGAUCUCUCGGCCUCUAGGGUUGCCUUUGAGGUGGGGCAAAGUGGCAGUGUGUGUUGAACUUGACGUUGUGUUCGUGUUCCUGACUGUGCAAGGAAUCUGCAGUUGAAUAAAUCAGAGAACAUGAGAACGAGAACGUUGCCUGCAUAAAAUACUAUAAUCCAAAUUUGUCGACACUACAGCAGAACACCUCAAGCCAUUGCCACAAGCUCGUUCUCAAGGAUCUUGCGUGAUGAAUUGAACAUUGUCAGAUUCCCUUUUAUGGAAAUCUUUGAUAGAAUUCUGGCAAUGAAAAGGACCUAAGGACAUUAUUUACGGGAUUCAAACAUUAAAUUUUCAUUA